AUGCUCACAUUGGCACUGACAUCAGUGCAGAAUUGGCACCUCCUUCCCAACGAUCCAACUCUCACAAUCUUGUGUAUCUCAUCUUUGAUUGCCACUGUGUGGCUCGCCCAUCGUCGUUGCAGACCGCUCCAUCACGUUCGUGGUCCCUGGCUAUGCAAGAUUUCAGGACUGGUUCUGGCCUUGGCUGAUCUUCGUUAUUGUCGAAAUGACAAAAUUCUCGAAUGGCAUCGGAAAUAUGGCCCUGUUUUGUGCAUCGCCCCAAACGAGGUCUCAGUCGCGACGCUUGAAAGUACAAGGGACAUUUACGGCACAGCACAUCGAUGGCCAAAGAGCAACUACUUUGACCAUUUCAUGGGAUAUAAUCGGCGUUCGGUAUUCGCCACGAAGCCUUAUAAAGAGCACCAAGCAAAGCGUAGGUUGAUCUCGGCCUUUUACCAGCCCUCAACUAUAUACAAGCUGCCUCAUAUCGAACAACAUGUGCAAGAGCGUGCUCAGACAGUUCUCCGACAAAUCCAGACGAAUACAGAGGUCGAUGUCUACAGUUUGACAGACUGGUACGCGCUUGACAUCAUUACCUAUCUUGUCUUGGGGCCGGACUGCUGCACUCGCUCCGUCGAAACUGCUUGCCCUGAGCGCGACAUCCUCGCCCGUCUCAAGCAACAACAGUUUGUCGGCUCAUUCCGCAUCCGGCAUCCAAUCGUUUACGACUACAUCUCCAAGUGCUGUAGAGUCCUGGGCUCGAGAUUCCGCCAUCUAUCGGCGGAUGACGAGCUCGCAGCGUGGUGCAAGCAACGCACUGCAAAGGCGAUGAAGGGGCCUAGCGCAUUUGAUUCUCAUUCUCUACUCCGACACCUCCUUCAAGCACGCGAGAGUGACACGGCGAAGCCACCGCUUGACCGGCAGUAUAUCGCGGCCGAGGUGCUUGACAACAUCAAUGCCGCUGAAGCCACGGUUGCGGUAACGGCAACAUACUUGAUAUGGAGAUUGACAGAGGCUCCGGAGUGGCAGAAGAGGAUACGAGACGAAUUGACUGCUUUAUUGAUACAGUCAGACGGCUUUUUGCCCUUCUCUGAGCUCGAUGGCCGAGUUCCCUCACUUGAAGCCUGCCUUCGCGAGGUCUAUCGCCUACACCCGGCAUCCAGUGGACGAGCCGAGCGCAUCGUUCCUGAGGGUGGCCACGUCUUGUGUGGAGUCUACCUCCCACAGGGAACUAUAGUGACAACCUCUGUUAUGGCUCUUCAUCGAGACGAGACGAUUUUCCCAGAUCCUGAUCGAUUCAGUCCUGGGAGGUGGCUUGACGGGGACCCAUUAACGAUAAAGAAGCGUGAGGCCCAUCUGAUUCCAUUCGGGCAUGGUGCCAGAAUAUGUCUAGGCAAAGCCCUUGCCACACUGGAGAUUAAAGUUCUAAUCGCACAAAUAUAUUUAAGGUAUAAUACCAUUAUGGGAAGAUCAAUGACUUCAGUGUCGAUGAGGCAGUGUAGCACCCAUGACGCGGUGCCGAAGGGCCUGAAAUGUGUAGUCCGGUUCCAGAAUAUUGAUGAGAAGGUUCACAAUCACAAUGGGAGCUAG